AAAAGGAUAGUGUAUAUACGAUGAGUCAGUUUCAUUCUUCAAUAUUGACAUCAUCAUUUGUCAUAUAGUGGAUUGAAUUUAAUAACAAAAAAAACUUUUGAACCAUAUGGAUGACGAUAACGAACGUAUACAAAAUGUAUUAGAAUUUUGGUUUGGAAAACCUGGUGAUGAUGAUUAUCUAAAAUCACGUUCAUUUUGGUAUGGAUCCAAUAAAGCUGAUGAUGAUUGUGUUCGUAAUGCAUUAGGUCAUGAUUAUGAAGAUGCUAAAAAUGGCCGUUUAGAUCAUUGGUCCGAAACAUCUGAUGGUUCAUUAGCAUUAAUCUUAUUGUUGGAUCAAGUUCCACGUAAUAUUCAUCGUGAUCAACCGGAUGCAUAUGCUACCGAUGAUCAGGCAUUAAUGGUAGCCAAAAAAGUGGUUGAAAAUGGUUGGGAUCGUGAUCAACCAAACAUCAUCAGACGAUAUCUAUACUCACCAUUCAAUCAUUCAGAAAGAUUAGUCGAUCAAGAACAAUCGGUUAAAUUAUUUACCGAAAUGAAUGAUAGUGAACAUUUGUAUUGGGCUAAAAAUUUCUAUAAUAUUAUCAAAACACAUGGCCGAUUUCCACAUCGAGAUCGUAUUCUCAGACGAAUUGUAUAGUAAAAUUCAUUUGAUUUGACUUGAUUAUUAUAUAUUGGAUAUAAUAUACAUACGAGAUCGAUUAAUAAUGAAAAUGUGACAAAAAAAAAACAUAAAAAAACAAAACAAACAUUU